AUGACCUGCGGUGUAAAUGAGCCACCACGCCAGGAGCCGACUGAUGAGAAAAAGGCGAGCACUCAAGUCCAGAAACGCCAGCUCUAUACCCGCAAUCGGACUGGCUGUUCCGCGUGUCGUAGUCGUCGGGUGAAAUGUGACGAACAGCGUCCUAAUUGGCUGAACGGGUCUGUCGGAGUGUUUGUUUUGAGGGCUGACAAACAUUUUACUUCCAGUCAAAAUUGCAUCAAGAGACAGAUAUCCUGCCAAUAUCUCCCUCCAAGAAUUCCCCUCCGCGAACAAAGAGUCCUGGAGCGUGCUGGGAAGAAACAGCCCUGGAAUUCUACUCCUUGGGAUAUCUCACAGACUAAUCAAGAGUUGCCUAAAGCAAUCUCUCUGACUCACCAACUAAUUGUCUCUGGUUCCGCAAAUACUUUUAACUAUGUAGCCAUCAACAUGCCAUUCAGGUCAAAAGAACUUUUCUCCUAUUGUAGGGCCACUCAUCUCUUUACCAAAUUUUGGAGUCCAUCCCUGAUAUUUUUGCAGUCCACGAUGCAGGUCUUAUCUACAACGUAUAUCCAGAAGACAAAGGCAGAGACUGCAUACAUUAUAUCGGAUCCAGAAGCCCUUCAAAAUGCCGUCCUGAUAGCAGGAACUCAUUUUAUUUUCAAUAUCGGCAGCCUUGAAGCCUUUGAAACUACCUUCCUAUUUCAUAAAAUUGAGACAAUCCGCAGAGUGAAGGAGUGGAUCUCUGGAAACAAUUGCACACCAGCAACAGCCAUUAUUCGAACGAUCACUACCUUGGCAUAUACAGAGGUCUGCCGAGGUGAAUUGCUAUUGGCAGAAUCGCACUUAAGCAUCAUCUACGCUAUUUCGAAAUCUAUAAGCCACAAAAUGACUGUCAAAUGCAAGACGGUUGACCAAGAACUUUCAGACAGAUACUUCUUACUAACCUCUACCUUUAUUCACGGAUUCAAAAUUGUUCUCGAUGGCCUCCUCCGCUGCCAAGGUUCGACCGAAAAUGCCAUCAGUCUCUCCUCUUCUGAAUCGGUUCGUAUCAUGCAUGCAUGGCACAAAACAGAUGAGGGUCGGCUCUCGUACAGUCUGAAGCUUAGGGCGUUUCGAAUGCUCCCAGCCUUCUUCCAUCCGCCGAAUAGCGGAGCGCAACUGCUGGACGUUGAUAUUAUGCCUUACAUUCAGGGCUUCCGCAAAGUGACGGAUGCCUUUUGCAGCGAUCUACACAACGUUUCUGGCAAGAAUUUGAAUCCCAAAGCAGAUGAGUUCUGGAGACUAGGACCGGCUUCCGUGCUUUACGAUGUGGUUAUCGAGGCACACUUGGGCUCCAUCUCAGAUGACCAAGAUCAAGAAUCAGAUGCUAAGAGCUCAAGCCUUACAGCUUCAUGGUGCGGAUUGAUAAUUUCUGCACAACUGUACCUGGAGCAUAUAGUCGCUGUUUGGCAGGAUUUCAGAAAGGAAAUCUAUAUUUAUACGAUCUAUCUCUUUCAGCGAGAGCUUCGCUUUGCUCUCAGUAGCCCACAAGCGUCACAAGUUGCUCAACUAUUGUUCUGGGAAUCAGUUCUAGGCUUAAUCAGUGUCCGUUCUUACGAGAAGCAAGGAGUCUUACGCCAAGAUCCGGGCUUGAUAUUGUACUUUGAAAUGAUUGUGAAAACCCAGAGCCAAACUUUGAGACUGUUUACUUGGGAUGAUGUACGGAGAAAUUUAGGAUAUAUUGCAUGGCCCUCUAGAUUUUCAGGGGACAGCUAUGUAAGAAGCAUAUGGGAAAAGGCUAUGGCAUCUGGAGGUGCUGGUGGGCAACCAUUAUAA